AUGAACGAUGCAACUUAUCUCCUGGAUGAAAGUCUUAAAAAAUUGGUGGAAAUUCGUAAUUUACAAAAUGAAAUGAGUGACACCGCGGAAUGGAAUAGGCAAACUCCGCAACAUCGUCAAGAACGCGAAGGGUUGCUUCGCUCUCUUGAACGACAAGCUACAUCUUAUAUGGCUCUCGGGAAUGAAACAGUACACAUGCUUGAAUAUAUGACAUCAGAGGUAGUCGAACCGUUUAUCACACCUCAAAUUGUCGAUCGAUUAGCAGCAAUGUUAGAUUAUAAUUUAGAUUCUCUUGUUGGUCCACGGUGCACUGAACUUAAAGUUAGAAAUCCAGAUAAAUAUCGAUUUCAGCCUAGAACUUUAUUACAACAAUUGAUAACUGUAUAUUUGAACUUAUGUAAAAGUAAAGAAUUCGUACAAGCAGUUGCUAGAGAUGGUAGAAGUUAUAAGAAAGAAUUAUUUUCAAAAGCGUCAGAAAUCUUGAAGAAAUACAGUUUGAAAUUGGAAAGAGAUGUUGAAAUAUUGAAUAAAUUUGUCAAUGAUGUUGAGGAAGUAAUUAAAUUGGAAGCGGCUGACGACGAAGAGUUGGGUGAUAUACCUGAUGAAUUUUUGGAUCCACUUAUGUAUGAAAUAAUGGAAGAUCCUGUUAUUUUACCUGAAUCGCGAGUUUCUAUUGAUCGUAAAUCCAUCACGACUCACCUUUUGAGCGAUGCUACGGAUCCUUUCAACAGGAAGCCUUUGACAAUAGAUCAAACACGGAAUUGA